ACAAGCCGAGCUCCUUGGUGCAGGGAUUAUUUGCUGCAUCCGUUUCUCCCUCUACUAGAGGUUCUUAGCGAUUUUCUUCUUUUAACGUGGCAUUUGGCUCUUGAUUCUGUGCAGAACUCUUCACUGGACCAUUCUUUGGUGGUGGAUAGCGAAUUUUCCCAGCAUGAGCGUGAAAGGCGCGAGGAAAGAUGAAAUCCUGAAGGGAUUCAAACUAAAUUGGAUGAAUCUGCGAGAUGCUGACUCUGGGAAGGUGUUGUGGCAAGGCAGUGAUGACUUGUCGGUUCCUGACCAAGAACAUGAAGCAAGAGUACCAAAAAAGAUCUUAAAAUGCAAGGCUGUAUCUAGGGAACUUAACUUUUCUUCUGAACAAGAAAUGACAAAAUUCAGACUUGAACAAAAAGUUCUGUUCAAAGGGAAGUGCUUAGAAGAAUGGUAUUUUGAUUUUGGAUUUGUUAUCCCUUCAUCAACAAACACAUGGCAAUCACUCAUAGAGGCUGCUCCUGAAUCACAGAUGAUGCCUGCAAAUGUUCUAAAUGGCAACGUGGUUAUUGAAACAAAGUUCUUUGAUGGUGACCUCCUGGUCAGCACCUCUAAAGUGCGCGUUUAUUAUGUCUGACCAAGACGUGGCAGCUUUUUUCUAUGCAGAAACAGUCUUAAUAAUAUCCAGGAUGUACAGUGCUGUCUUGAGCCAUGAAGACCGUCUUAUGUCACCUAGAUUAGUAGCUAGAAUGAUCUCUGUCUGUGUUGUGCUAACAAUAAUUAUAAAAUAUUUUGAGUUCUGGGAAAGGACUUUUUUAGAAUUUCCAGUGUCAAUUUAUGUUAAGUAACUUCUAAAUUUUGUAGAUGAGUUUGAUUAUAUAUACUUAAUUUGUAAUGUAUAAUAGCUCCAGCAGUUUAAAUUUUGUAAGGUAUUGUGUGUAUCUUAAGUGAUUUGUUCAAUUUGUGUACUCUAUCAGUUGGUACAUGUGUGUUUGCUUUGCUGUGUACAUAUGCUGUAAUUACCAUAAAUGCCAUGAACUGGUGGACCGUGCUAAGUGUUUUCAGGAAUGGCAGGUUGAAACAAAUCAGACCUAUAACUUAAAAAAAUCAAACCGCAAGGACAGAGGAAGUCAGGAGGAAUUAAUUUAUACAGUCUGAGGAGAGGGUGGUUUGUCCUGUUUUGUCUGUGUCGUAUCAAAAAGUAAGGUGAAUGUUUUCAUACUUGCUGUGUAUGUUGGCAGCGUUGGCGGGGGGUAUAGCUAUAAAAGAAAAUGACUGUUGGUGAAUUACACCAGCUGAAAAAAAAGUAGUAACUUGGUAAUGUUGGAAAUGGAGUCAACACACAGACAUGGUCAGCCAAGAUAGAUUUAUUUAUUAUUAGACAAUAUUUUAAACACCCCUCUCACUGACUCUUCUGAGAAAGUUGUGCCACAUACCCUGUUGUCCAGUGUUGGGUUAGGCUUGCUGAUAGUCCUUGCUACUAAGUGAAAAGCACUUUCAAGCCAGUCAAGGUUUAAGAUACUACCUUAGAGACACUUGUGUUUGAUUGUUGUAGCAAGUGAUAUGUAAAAGUUGCAUAAUAUGUGAUUUGCUCUAUUUGAUUGUUUUUGUGCAUUCAUUCAUUGGCUUGAUUAUAAUGUAUUGGACUUAUUUUGUAAAAUCAAGAAUCAGUCUGUGGUUUAUUUUUUUCAUCAGUAGUAUGACUGUCAACAACAUACUGAUUGUAAAUCAUGCAUUUAUGCUUCAAUAAAAGGAAUCUUAAAGGAA